AGAAGCGUGUUCGGCUGCGGAGAGUCUGCGAGGAGCCCGGUCCGGUCGUGGGUGGAGCGGCCCUGCCCGGGCAGUGGGCAGCUGGGGAUAUCUGGAGGGCCUGCUGAGACAGAGUCCUGUCCUUGCUCGGGGGGCCUCUGGGGACAUGAGGUGGGCGUGUAUCUGGCUCCUCGGUCCCCUGGGCCCGCUGGUCUUGCUCUCUGCAUCCACAAACCCUCCCAACGUCCUGCUAAUCUUUGCGGAUGACCUGGGGUUUGGAGAUUUGGGAAGCUAUGGGCACCCCACCUCAGCCACGCCCAACCUGGACAAGAUGGCGGCCAGGGGCCUGAGAUUCACCGACUUCUAUGCCAGCUGCCCAGUCUGCAGCCCCUCGCGCCUCGUCCUUGGGACACUGGGCUGUGGCCUGGUCCUGGGGCACGGGAAGGGAAGGAGCCUGCGUCUUGGGUUGGCGCUUAGGUGGGGGGCUGGUACCUUGCUGGCCACCAGGCGCGCAUGCAGAGCAGAGCGUUCUCUCCUCUCACUCCAGGGCCCCUGCCAGAAUCUCACCUGCUUCCCCCCACACACCAAGUGCUUUGGGACGUGCGACCAGGGCGUGGUGCCCGUCCCACUGCUCCUAAACCAGAGCAUCCUGCAGCAGCCGCUCACCUUCCCCCAGCUGGUGCCGCUCUACAACAAGUUCUCUCGCGACUUCAUUGCCGACUGCGCCCGCCAGGGCCGCCCCUUCCUGCUCUACUACGCCUCCCAUCACACCCACUACCCCCAGUUUGGAAGCGAGGAGUACGUGGGCCAGUCACUGCGGGGGCCCUUUGGGGACGCCCUCAUGGAGUUUGACGGCUCAGUGGGGCUCCUGCUCCAGGCACUGCAGGAGAAUGGCCUGGAGGGGAACACGCUGGUCUUCUUCACUGCGGACAAUGGCCCCGAGACCAUGCGAAUGGCCCGUGGGGGCAGCUCGGGUCUCCUGAAGUGCGGAAAGGGAACGACAUACGAGGGCGGGAUGCGGGAGCCUGCGGUGGCUUAUUGGCCGGGCCGGAUCUCCCCGGGCGUGACCCACGAGAUGGCCAGCACCCUGGACAUCCUGCCAACCUUGGCUGCCCUGGCUGGGGCGCCUCUCCCCCCUGUCCCAUUGGACGGCUACGACCUGAGCCCGGUGCUGUUUGGAGGUGGGAAGAGUCCCCGGCAGAUGAUGUUCUAUUACCCGCCCAGCCCCAGCACGCUGCUUGGCGUCUUUGCCGUCAGAUACGGGAAGCACAAGGCUCAUUUCUUCACACAAGGUGCCUUCCACAGUGGGACGACCCCCGACCCGGACUGCCAUGGGCUGACGCCCCUGACGCCCCACGAGCCUCCACUGCUCUUUGACCUGGAGGCUGACCCUGCCGAGAACUAUAACCUGCUGCAGGGUGGUGCCGUGGGGCCAGAGGUGCUGCGGGUGCUGAAGGAGAUCCAGCUGCACAAGGCGCUCUUCGACCAGCGCAUGGAGUUUGGGGAAAGCCAGAUAGGGAAGGGCAUCGACUCUGCCCUCCAGCCCUGCUGUGCCCCCGGCUGCACCCCCAAGCCCUCCUGUUGCCACUGCCCCUAACUUCCCCCACCCUUUAACUCUCCCCUCGCCACUGCCAGGAACCCCCCGCUCUUCGAAAGCCUCCUGCUGCUGUGCCCAUCUCUCUGCUGCCACUCCCUAAAGUCCCUGCACCGGCCUCCCCGCUGCUCUCCCCAAACCUGCCUGCAGCCAGGCGCGCUGCGUUGGGGUGCUUCCCUGGCCGGUAGAGCUGCCUCCCGCUCCCCAGGCCUGACGCUGAGGUCCCUAGGUGCUGGCUGCAUGGGGGCGUGGGGUGAGAUGCUAGGAGGGGAAGGGGCAGGUUCCUGGGGGGGUGUUUUACCUCUGCACUGGGAGUCUUUGGCCAUUUGACACAAACCUCCGCUCCCCUGGGACGCACUGAGUACAGUGAGCCCUCUGGAGUCCAGGGGGCUCUGGAACAAAGCAAAGGACCCGCCCUCAGAGCCUAGCACCCCAAUGCAGCCAGCGGGGGGCCCGGCAGUACCAGCCUGCUGCAGCGGGAAGGCCAGGGAGUGGAGCGUGGCUCGCUCUGCGGGGCUGGCACAGCAGUGAGGGCCAAGGCCGUAUCAAUACUGGCGCAGAGGUGGAGUGUGGGGUGCGAGGCCAGGAUCAGGGCCAGCAGCAGCAGCCGCAGUGCUUGGCCCUGAGCAUGUGGACGGGGGACUGACGGGGGACUCUGCAGUCAGGAGAGGAGCUGUGCAGAGCUCCGGGGUAGGUCCCUUCACCUGCGUGGAUGCAGCCAGCUGUCGCUGUGGGAGACGACUUGUGCUUGUUUAAAGGGUGAAAUAAGGAGAAAUGAGUUCAUGGAGUGGCUGCCCUCCAGGCUCAGCUGGUAUUUGCAGUCUGUGGGCAGGUGUGACCUGGGCUGUGUGCACCGGCGGGCCAAGGAGCCAGGGUUCCCACCCAGAGCUGAUGCAGAGAAGGCCUAGUCCUGAGCCCCCUCGGCAGAGCUCCCGCCCGGGGAGUGAGAGCCGUGAGAUGAGCAGUGUAGGCCCAGCCAAGGAGGGCCUAGGGCAGCUGCUUGGGAUACCCAGGGGAGGAGGUAGCUGCUGGCAUCCUGCAGAGAAAGGCCAAGUACAAGCUAUGACGCUGACAUGCCCAGACAGGCGUGUUACCCCUCCGGCUUUACCAGCUUCUCAGUGCUUUACCGAAGGGAGGGGCGGGGGUUCAUGUGUGGUCACUGCUGAGCUAAGCUUGAUUGUCAUGGGUCUUGCAGGACGUUUGUACGGGAAAUAUUCUGAGAUGUCAAGUGUUAAAUAUUGUGUUCCACAACCACUGGGGCAGAAGCACAUCGCCUGUGGUGGGAUGGGUCUUGGCACACAAGAGUGAGACCAAUCAAUGCUUUCCAAUCCAGCUCAGACAUGUGUUUACAGUCUGGACCGGAUCCAGGCCGCAGCAUUGACAAAGACAAAAGAACCCUGUAACGGGGUUGGGGACUCACCACCGCGGCGCCUC